GAUAACUCAGUCGAGUUCGAGUAUUCGUGGAUGCACCUCAUUUUAUCUAAAUCAUCAAUUAAAACAUAUAUUUAUAUAAAAUAUAUCACUCUGAUUAUGUCCAGAUAUUUAACAUCCUAUUAUUAACAAUUUUUGAAACCCAUCUGUCAAACCUGACAGCACUUUGUCAGCCGACUCAAAACAAAAAAUUUGAAAAAAAAUCCGUGUUACGAAAUUUGGUGUUUAAUUUUUUGAAAAUAUUUUUGAAAAAAAACCAGUUAAAUGUCUGAAGAAACGCAACAGGUUGAGCUGCAGAGCGAGACGAACGGAGAAGUCCCGAAAAUGGAGAAAAGUGAAAAGAGUCCGGAGAAACCGGCGGCCAGCGGAGCGUCUUUUGGAGCGACUUUCAAAAAGUUUUCGAAAUUCGGAGACACUAAGAGCGAUGGCAAGACCAUUACGCUCAGCCAAAGUGAUAAGUGGAUGAAACAGGCCAAGAUUUUUGAUAAAAAAAUAACCACUACGGACACGGGGAUACAUUUUAAGAAACAGAAAUUGAUGAAAUUAAACAUGGAACAGUACAAAACAUUCCUCGAGGACUUGGCGAAAACUAAAAAAGUCGAAUUAUCUGAAAUAAUGAACAAGAUGGCGAGUUGUGGAGAUCCCGGUGUGAGCUCUUCCGUCUCCAUCGCCGGAAAAGCUUCAUCGACCGUCGACAGACUUACCGACGUCUCCAAGUACACGGGCUCCCACAAGCAGCGUUUCGACGAAUCCGGAAAGGGCAAAGGGAUUUCCGGUCGAAAGGACGUCCACGAUGGCUCCGGAUACGUCCAAGGAUACCAACAUAAAGACACUUACAAUAAACAGUAGUCUCAUUCAAAUUUUCUCCUCAUCAAUCACUCACACUUCCCAUCAAAUUUUCCAUAUAUCAAAAUAUAUAUAAAUAUAAAUAUAUAUAAAAAAAAAAUCAAAUGUCAUUUUUGACAGUUUAAAAUAAAUUUUCAAAUUCAUCAUGAAUAAUUACUUUUUUUUUACAAUAAAAAAUUUUAAUGUUUCAGGUAUGAAUCAUACUGUUUAAAUAUAUACAUAUAUAUAUUAUUAUAUUGCACAAAAAAAUUUUAAUGCAUUUCAAUAAAACAUUUAUUUAACAUA